UUCGCGCAGAGCUUCAUUCAUCCUACUGAGCUAUAGUUAUUGCGCGUUGCGAGACUCGAGGGUUGUAGCCCUCCGAAUACAUCGGUUCUCUUUUAAAAUUGGGAUUCACAAACAGCUCUUUCUGAUACUUUACUGGUCAAUUGAAAGUGAAUAACCACGUAAAAGCUAAAAACCUUUCAGAGCGUCACUCUGUCAGAACAUGUUACCUGAACGACCUUCCAGGUAGCCUACUAACCUGUCACCACCAGCUUUGGUAUGUUGGACAUUGAUUACAAUGUUCUCAAGUUUGCCUUCAAGUGGACACUAUCCAGUUUCAUCUGGACUGAGAUUCUCAGGAACUGCUCAUUCAAAGGCCUCGCACGGAGAUUCUGAAUCUCUUAGUCUUAGUCGCUCUGCUCCUGGAUUUGUGAAGGACGACAGCACCUACAACAAUAAUAAAGAAAAGCCUGUGCUGUCACCACCUGUGUUCGUCUUUCAGAGAUUCGCAUCAAUGAAGAGAAGAGCAGAAGAUGAUAUAAAUGGACCCACUAUAAGCAAAAGAGUCCGAUCCUUCACCUACCCCGGCCAAUCCAGAAGAGGUAGCAUAGACAGAGACAGACCAGUUUGGUCCAGUUCUUUCUCCUUCCCACCACCUCUGCCAGUCUCAAGAUCAAAUGUGUUCAUGCCUUCAAGCCUUUGCAAUGCUAACAAAGUCUCAUCUGACAGGGCCUCUGUCGGUGCUCCAUGCAUCAGAGUAAAGAGGACCCUGCUGAGGCCUGCUGUCCUGCUGGCUCCUAAACCCAGGAGAGACCGACAGCAUCUCCAGGGGAGCCUGAAUUCUGCAGAUGACCUGGACACAGUCAGUAUUGACCAGCAGACGUCUUCUAGUGCCUUUGAUCAACUGUCAUCAUGUCCAACUGAUAGCAGUCACGUGAAACUGGAAAGACCCAACCAGAGCAGCAUCCAGUUUGUGUUUGGAGAGAACAUGAGUGAAAGGGUGCUGAAUCCACUGAAAAGUCCGUACAGUGAAGAGGUGUCUGACUCUGAUAGCAGUUCUUCAGAUUCAGAAUCAUCAAGUCCGGACACAUCCCACAACUCAACAGUAAAACGCUCUCUGUGGGAAUCCGCUGCAGCCACCACUGCUUCCUGCAGGAGGCACUGUUUGCUAAAACAGGUGCAGGUGAUCACGGGCGAGGAGCGGGAGAGCAACGUUGUCCAGCUGUCCUGCAAGCUGUUUGUGUUGGAGAGGGGCACACAGUCGUGGAGCGAGAGAGGAAGGGGCAUCCUGCGGCUUAAUGACCUGGCAACAGGAAACCGAGGCGAGCUCCAGUCCAGGAUAGUCAUGAGACACCAGGGCAGUCUGAAGUUGAUCCUCAACACCAAGCUCUGGCCACACACUCAGCUGAAGAGGCCCGCGAGACGCAACCUCCAGGUGACCGCCACAGACCUGGAGAGCCACGCCAUCCGAGUCUUCCUCAUCCAGGCUGGGGCGAGGGACAUCUCGCGGCUGCACGCCGCCAUCCACCACCGCCUGGUGGGGAUGCACUGCCGUGUCGGACUCAGGAACCGCAACGGCUCCAGUGGGGAUGAGGACGAGAACGGAGACUGCCGGAAAAACACACAGGAAGCUUGGAGUCCAUGAUUGGAAGCACCGUCCAGAUUGGAUCCUUAAAACAGGCUCACUGCUGGUUACCUAUCACACUCAACUCGAUAAGAUGUGAAGAAGACACAAAACAAUGUGUCUGUUAGUUGAACUGCGACAACAGUUUUUGCCAAAGAACAAUUCUGUCUGUUUUUAUGGACAAAUUUCCAUUAUGAAAGCAGUAAAAACAAUGUUAAUGCUCAUGUAGCCAUCCUUCACUGGAAGGCACUCAUUGUGAGGAAAUGGAUAUUUUGAAAGUUAGCCUUUCAAAAAUGGAGUCUUAUAUAAUAUUUAUAUGAAACAUUUAACAAUUAAGAACAUUUAAACAAAUACAUAGCUAGGUAUGAACAUAAUCAUUUACCAGAGAUAUGCUGAUUGCACAGAAUUGAUUGAAAGUUGUAUUCAUAUUCAUAAAUGCCUGUGUUAUGUUAGCCAAAUGGACUUCUUUUGAUUUCAACCUCUGAUCCUGAUCUGGUGUUUUCUAUUCAGGGUUUCUCUUCCAACCACAAGUCCAUUUCUGUUGGGUUUACGUUGUGUAUCAUUAUAAUAUUAGUGUCUAUGACAAUUUGAUAAACUUACUAGAGAAUGUGAUGGCCUGUUUGGGUGUAUAUGCAUCUUAAGUUACAGAUCUUUGGAUGGUUAAGGAUGUUGAUGCUUUUCCUAAAGUUUUUUUUGUGACAGAACAGAGAGGUUUUUUGUGACAGAACAGAAAGAAACAAAAUUUGUUUGUGACAGAACAGAGAAAGAAACAGAGAGUUCUUUUGAGACAGAACAGAGAAAGAAACAGAGAGGGAUUUUUUGUUUUUUAUGACAGAGCAGAGAAGAAAAGACGAUGGUUUUGUAGGUCCUUAGUGUUUGCAAGCAGUCAUAAGUGAUUUGAUGUCACAUUUAACCUUCUUUAUUAAAUUUACCAGGGCUGAUAAUUUGUAGUCACAAAUCACCAGGUGUACACAACAUACCGGUAUAUCAAUGUACUUAAUGUGUAUUAUUUAUUUUUUUUAAGAAAGUAUUCCAUUGGGUAUGAAAUGACAAUGAAUUAUGUUUGUGUUGGCAGUAUUAUCACCAAUCCAAUGCAGACAUUGUUCAGAGUUUAAAGCUGGACCUUGUGUACCUGAAAGUAUGCACCUUUGUGAUUUGGGUCCAUCAAGUCAGCAUGUUAAAUCUGGGGGUUAAGUGGGAUUUAGCUAUUUUCUUCUCACUGGAUUAGCCUAUCUGUUCCACUUUCCUAAACUGAGACUGUAAUUACUUUUUUGUUUUAAUAAGAUUGUCUGAUUUACAUUGAUGUGGUUCAGGCAAAAGUCCUGGAGCAAAUCCAUAAAAAUUCAGCAAUAAUACCAAGGGCUUAUGAUAUCCAGCCAUUUGCCACCAUAACUGAUAACUAUUGGCCCCAAACCAAUUAAAGAAGUGAGAACUCUGUAUAGGAGAGAGUACUGUGAGAGAAACAUUUAGCGUUAUAGAGUUACAGAUUUGUACGAGCAGGUAGGAAGAUCAGCAGCCAUGUAGGAUUAUUUUUUCUCAAAUACACCAUUGCAGUUAAUAAUGUAGUAAUGCACAGGCGAAGUUACCUACGAAUAGUGUUAUUGAGAAGACAAUAGAUAUACAAUUUAAUUUAAUUUGAUCUUUAACAACUUGCAACCUUUUUGUCCUUUUUAAAAUAUGUGUUUUUUUUGUUUUGGUAGGGAAAUAUUGCCUACAUUUUCUUUAUGCUGUUUCAAUAUUGAAUGUAAUGAUUUGAAAUGGUCAUCUGGAAUGCAUAUCUCUGCUGCUGUCGUAACUGCUCUCUUAAAAAGAGAUCCUUUCUCACAGCGGAUGGCCUAUCUAACUGUACAUUUUAAUGGCUAGAUAAUAUGAAAAGUCAUACAUCACUUACCUGCAAAUAUUUUGAAUUGUCAUUGGUUUGUUCCAACAACACUUCUCAUUUCUUUCCUUCCUACCUCUUUAUCUGCUUUUUGAUGCACUGAAAAAAAUCAUGUUAUAAGUUUGAUGCUUUUUUUAAGAAAAGCUUGUGAACUGUAUCACAUCUCUUUCUGUGUAAAAUUGAGUCACUUUUGGUGUGUAAAAAGGUAUGACUAGCAUCUAGUUAUCACUCUGACAUUUCUAUUAACAUAUUGCAUUAUGUUUUCAUACAUUGUAUGUUAUUGUUAUUUUACCACUCGCAAUUAACAAAAAGGAGGAAAAUGGCAAGAAUUUGUUUUUCUAGUUCAGUUAUUUUUAUUACAGUCAGUUUAUAUGGGCUGUAUGGCCAUUUUUUGACAGCCCUUGUGAA